UUCUUUUAUGAGCGAGAAAGAUCCGCUUGCCCCCGCCCUCCCGAGGCUAACAGCGCCCGAACUAGGAGAAAACACGCCAUUUUCCAUCGACACCAGCAAGGAAGUACCUCGCGUUCGAAGAAGCCCAGACCCCAGCAAACCUCUUAGUAACAUCGAUAAGUCUACAGAUCCCAGUCAUGCACCGCGAAUGUCCACUUGACUGCAAGGUCUACGUUGGAAAUCUGGGCAACAACGGAAACAAGACCGAGUUAGAAAGGUCGUUUAGUUACUACGGGCCUCUCCGCAGUGUGUGGGUGGCGCGGAACCCCCCAGGGUUCGCCUUUGUAGAAUUUGAAGACCCCAGAGAUGCUACUGAUGCCGUGCGAGAGCUUGAUGGGAGAACUCUAUGUGGUUGCCGUGUGCGAGUAGAGCUGUCCAAUGGGGAGAAACGCAGUCGCACCCGCGGCGCACCGCCAUCGUGGAGCAGGCGCCCCCGAGACCGAGAUGAUUACAGGCGGCGUAGUCCACCGGCAAGGCGAAGAUCUCCACGUAGGAGGAGCUUCAGUCGUAGCCGCAGCAGGUCUUUCUCUAGAGACAGGAGGAGGGAACGUUCCCUCUCCCGGGACAGGAACCACAAACCUUCAAGGUCCUUCUCCCGGUCAAGGAGUCGUUCCAGGUCAAAUGACAGAAAAUAAGAGGAACAGGAAGAGAGAUGACGAAAACAAGUUAUACUGUACUAUGUUGUUUUCACAUGAUGGACAUUGGUUUUGUUUUGUUUUUUUUUUUUAAUCUGUCAGGUUUUAGUCACUUUUUUUUUUUUUUUUUUUUGGAUGUUGUUGUGGUUGUUUCACAUUUAUUUGGGUGCGAUUCCUCAUCCAAGUCCUGAAAAGGUUGCGCCACCUCGCAUUCGACCAGUUAUCACGCAGCCACUCGUUCUUUAUUUUUCAGUUUUUAUAAAUGCAUACGUGUAGCUUGACCCAUAGUGAGAGUUCAUUUUUCAUUGUGUAUAUUUGAUUUUUAAGAAUGUGGAAAAAAAAAAUGAUUAAUUACAAGGAGCAUCCUAAUUGUGAUUUGAAAAGCGUCGACCGUGCCACUUUUUCAUCAUGGAUUCCGUCGGUGGAUGUUUUGGUUUACGAGGAAGACGUUUGAUGUAUCUGGAGACCGAAAUCAUUUUUCAUUUUCUGUGCUUUGAUACAAUGAAAUUCUCUCAAUUAAAAAUACCCGUUGUUUAAAACGUU